UCUUGGCCCAUUUGAAGACCAGGAAGUUGAUAAAUCGCGAGGCCCGCUGCUGAGAGACGGUGGCUCGGGUGGGACAAUCGCCAGGGAUGGCGGAGCGUAAGGAUGGAGCGGGUGUCCGGGCUGCUUUCCUGGACGCGGAGCAGAGUCCUGUGGCUCUCCGGCCUCUUUGAGCGGGGAGCUGCCCGGCAGCCCCGGAUCAUGGAAGAGAAAGCGCUAGAGGUUUAUGAUUUGAUUCGAACCAUCCGGGACCCAGAGAAGCCCAAUACCUUAGAAGAACUGGAAGUGGUAACCGAAAGUAGUGUGGAGGUUCAGGAGGUAAACGAAGAAGACUAUUUGGUUAUUAUCAGGUUCACGCCAACAGUACCUCACUGCUCUUUGGCAACCCUUAUCGGGCUGUGCUUAAGAGUAAAACUUCAGCGGUGUUUACCGUUUAAACAUAAGUUGGAAAUCUACAUUUCGGAAGGAACCCACUCAACGGAGGAAGACAUCAACAAGCAGAUAAAUGACAAAGAGCGAGUGGCAGCUGCAAUGGAAAACCCCAAUUUACGGGAAAUCGUGGAACAGUGUGUCCUUGAACCUGACUGAUUGCUGUUUUAAGAGCCACUUAACUUUAAUUGUUUGGUAUAUUUGUUUAAAUUCUUUGUAAAAUGUAAAGACUCAUGUUUAAUACAUAGGUGAUUUGUACCUCGAAGCAUUUUUUUAAUGGAUGAUUUGCAAGCAAGAUUUAAUUAUAUGUAGUACCUAGUUUGUUCAGUGUAUAACAUUCUCAGGAUUUGUAACACUUAAAUGAUCAGACAGAAGAAUAUUUUCUAGUUAUUCUGUGUCAGACAAGUUGCUAUUUUUCUGACGCCUCUUCUGGUACAACUAUUUUUCAUGUCAAAUAUUUACUGUGCCCAAAUGCGUUCAAUUUAAAUCAUUACUCUGUAGAAUAAAUAAAACAGAGAUGAUUCUUGUAAUGACA